UGUGAGGUCGAGGCUCUGCUAGUGGAGUGGAAACAGGAAGAGGAGUAGUGGGGGAAGAAAAGAGACGGUGGAGAGGAUCGGGUGAGACAAGGUGGUGAGGAGUGAAAGGGAGGAAAAGGGGAGCAGAGGGGGUGUCUGGAACCAAAAGAAGGAAACCAAAUAAGAGACUGGAGCGCAAGCAUGUCUAUUUAAAGGGAGCGGAGACUGCACGGGCCUGUCUUUGCUAUUUUGGAUUGACUGACGGAGAGAGAUCAUCCCCUCUUUUUUCACUCAUUUUUCACUGGAAGAUGGAGGAUUAUGUAUCCAAGCUCACCAGAAUGUGAUCAGACUUUUACAACAAAGCAUCAUAAGCUUUUCCUGGUGCAGGAUAGAGUGCAUGUACUUCAUAUACAAAUAAAAGGUGUGACGUGGAGGGCCCCCCAAAUACAGACCAAGACUGGCUGCAUGUAUCACCCGGCAGAGCUGUACUCUGGCCGUAAAACAUGGGACUCCUAUCCAGCUGGAGGACCUAACAGAGGACGAUGGGCUCCAGUAAACAGCCGACCUUGGAGCCAUACACAAAGAUCCCACAGAGGACACAAUCCAUCCGAUCACCCCAUCUCACCAUCAGGUCAUCCUUUUAACAGUGUGGGUCCCUGUCUGCCAAGGGGGGAACGAACACUCCACUAUGCCCAAGACAAGGGUGCCUCUAAGGGACACAGGCAGCAUGUUUGGGAUGGUAAAGAACAGCCAUUUGAAACCCAGAACUGGCAUCACAACUCGAUACGCUCAUUCCACAACAAUGGUUAUCUAACAAGACCGGGACAGCGCUACACAAACUGGGACAGCAAUGUCAGCAACUCUUUGCAUGGGAGUCCUCGCCUCCAUCGCAGCAACAGAGAACUCCAGCCCCCCCCGGAAAGAUGGGCUCCCUCAGACAUUCGUAGGAGUUUUCCAGGUCGGAUGAUCAAUAACAGACCCGAGCCUUGGAAACGGCCGGCCCUUCAUCAGUGCCAAGAUCAAGUGCACCAGCACAGAGCACCGGCGCAGCACCAUUCAUCUACGAGGGAUGAGUGUCCGGCCAAGAGGAGCCGGGGCUCUGGUCCUGAUCAGUCAUCUCAUUCGGGAUCAAGGCAUUUAGUUGCCCAUCCGCCAUCACCACCUCGCCACCAUCGUAACCAAGUUGACUGGAAACCUCCUCAUGACAGGACAGGUCCUUGCCACCUCUCUGAUCACAGGACCUCAACAACACAGCAACAGGAGACCUCCAAAUUGAGAGCUGGAGGACAUAGUUUUUGCAACAGUGACCCAGCAGUCCAUAACCAGGGUUGCAGCAGCAGAGCUUCACAUCUUGGGAACAGCGGGAAGAGUUAUCGAAAAACGUCUUCACCAGCAGAACACACCCGUGUGCCUUACAGCCACCAAAACCCUCAUCACCACCGUCAGCGGCACAUACGCCACCUCAGAGCUGAACAGCACAAACCUCUGCCACACCACCUGGAGGAGGAGGAAGACUCACAGAAUCAUCUGCACAAGCAAAGCACAGAACCUCAGUGUCCUCAUCCAAGAGGCAUUUCAAGAGAUGCCGCCUCCUGGUCGUCUGCAGCAGCAUCUUCUCAUUCGUCCCUCCGUCUCAAAGAUUCUGCUCACAGUCCACAUGUUAGCCCUUCAUUACACACAGCAGUACACUGUACAGGACACUGUAGCCCAAUCCUCAGUGGACCACCAAAAGUCCAGGGAGGCCCCGCCCACAAAGCAAGAGUCGCAUCUUGUAUAUCCUCAGCUCGAGCAAAGUCCAGGUUUUCAGAUGUCAAAUACAAGAAGACCUCACAGCCUCUCUGCUCGGCCCCCAGCGGCAGCUCCAGGGCAAGUAAGCCCGAAAAGGAGUCGGACGCCCGGAGAAAGCGUAAAGAGAAGCUGGUGAAAAGGGAGAGAAGGGCCGAUGUCGAAAAGGCAAACCACAGGGAUGAAGGCAGAAAAAAAAGAAAGAAAAAAGAGGAACGCAAAUUAGGUGAGAGAAAAAAGAAAAGGGAGAAGGCGAGGAGGAAAGAAAAGAAGAUGGGCCUGAAAGCUAAAACAACAGAGACUGUUUCCAGCUCUUCGGGAGAGGAGCACGACUCUCAUCCCAGAUGCACUUCUUUGCAGCCACUGCCCAAAAAGAAUCUUGCCGAGGACCAGCAAGCACGCUUUCUCCCCACAAGGAAGACGCCCUCCACUGUCUCGUCCCAAUCAGAAUCCAAAGCAAAACCUCAACAUGCACUGCCCUCUAUUUUACACGAAGCCUUAGAACCUCUCAGCGCAGCAUGUUCUGCUCGUGAAGAGCAAGGAGGGCUCCUCCACGCCCCGGACCUCCAGCCUGUGGCCGUGAUAGGGAACGUGCGGGAAGCGGGGGACAACCUUGCAAACACGCCUCCUGUACUCAGCUGGCAGGGCUCGCCAGUGUCAGACGUGGGAGAGGAUGAGGAGGAGCUUGAAAAAGGAGUGAUAAGCAGACCCGUCCUCCAGCCCAGUCCCACCCAGUGCUUUUCCCCUCCCCCCUUAGACGGCGAGAACAUUGAUGACGUCAAUAAGGAGCCUGGUGAAAGUAAACUCUCUGAUCCAGCAAGUACAAACAAACAAGAUCUCAGAGAUGAGAAGAAGGCAGAACGUUCGGAGAAUUCCAGCGUUCGACAUCACGAUCUUCACCAUAAAGCAGGCCUGGAUGACGUUUUCAAGAGCCUGGCCACUUUUCUCGGUGGUCAGAAAGCCGCGUGUCGAGGCGGUCCGUUCGGGGGGUCUCCUGCUUGCACUGCCAGCGGGGUCAAGUUGGCUUCCACUCUUGCUCUGGGACCAGAUAUUAACUGCCACCAGCAUCAGGACUCUGGCCUCAAGUCAGAACCUGAAUCACAUGUCAAGCCCCCCACUGCGACAAAUCAGUGUGAGCCCAUCACAGACCCCGCUACGCUAAAAAAAAUAAAGGAGCCUGCGCGUGAUAUUGAAGAUAGGCAAGAGAGGAAGGAUGCAGACGUCCUGCCUGAGAGAGGAGAUGCUCUUCUGGACCACUCUCUCAGUGCAGAGCUGAGACUGACCACCACACACACCGCCUCUUUGAGCCACCUCCUCGUCGUCGCCAGCAAGGACGAGGAGCUGAAGAGUGAGGAGAGCGACCUCAGAGUCGCGGAGAGAAAAAGAAAGCAAAAGGCUAAGGACGGCGGCAAGGUCAAAAUGAAGAUAAAGAAAGAGCAAAGCACUGUUAUCUCCAGAAAUACACCCAAACAUAAACACAAAUCGCCACAGAGGAAUCGAGUGAAACAACAUCAAACAAACACGAAGGUAAAGAUUGUCAUUGACAAUAAAGAUGAUGUCCAUGUGCUAGAAAAUGCUGUUUCAUCAGCGACUGGAACCUCAAAUACGAAGACCUCAAGCUCGUCAUCAACUAUAACAAUCAAUCCAUCCGAAGUGUUCACCACCACACCAGCCAGGAGAUCUCCUUGUACGCCAGCUGCUGCCAACCCACUGAAGCUAAAGUCCUUGUCCAUGGGCUUCACCAAGGAGCUGAAGGUCCUCUUGGUGAAGAUGAAGCUUGACGCCAGGCACACAUUUCACAUAGCAGAAGUCGAGGAGCAACAAGUCCCGCUUUCUCAGAUCAGCAUUCAAAACACAGCAACCCAAGUAGUCGGAGCUUGCAAGGGAGCAAAGGUUAAGGAGAAGUUCAAGGAAUCAUACCUGCUUCCUUCCCUCUCUGUCAAACCUAACAUUGCAAGUCAGACUCCGAUUCCUCGAGAAAAGCUCAACCCUCCCACACCGAGCAUCUACUUGGAAAGCAAGCGGGACGCCUUCUCACCAGUUCUGCUUCAGUUCUGCACCGAUCCCAAAAAUGCUGUGACCGUCAUCAGAGGUCUUGCUGGUUCCCUCCGCCUCAACCUGGGCCUGUUUUCUACCAAAUCUCUGGUGGAGGCCAAUGCAGACCAUGCUGUGGAGGUGAGGACUCAGGUCCAGCAGCCCGCCGAUGAAAACUGGGAUUCCCGUGGCUCCACUCAGACGUGGCCCUGUGAGAGCAGCCGCUCGCACACCACGAUUGCCAAAUACGCUCAGUACCAAGCCUCCAGCUUCCAGGAGAGCCUGCAGGAGGAGAAAGAGAGUGAGAACGAAGAGGAAGAAGAGCAAGACAAGGGUUUGGAGACCACAAAAGCAAGUGUGACAUCAGACAGCAAAGGCAGCCUGGCCUCGGCUGCCAUUAAACCCACCCCUGAUCUCUUAACCAGCAAAGCCGCCACAUCCUACACAUCCAGCUCGGAACUGAAAGCUGUUGGCAAAAUAAUCAAAUUUGGGACCAACAUCGAUCUCUCUGACCCUAAACGGUGGAAGCCUCAGCUGCAGGAGCUGCUCAAGCUGCCGGCGUUCAUGCGUGUGGAGUCCAGCAACAACAUGCUCAGCCACGUUGGGCACACCAUCCUGGGCAUGAACACCGUCCAGCUCUAUAUGAAGGUGCCGGGCAGCAGGACGCCAGGUCACCAGGAGAACAACAACUUCUGCUCAGUCAACAUCAACAUUGGGCCAGGUGACUGUGAGUGGUUUGCUGUGCAUGAACACUACUGGGGGGCCAUCAACAAAUUCUGUGAGAAGCAUGGGGUAGAUUACCUGACAGGGUCCUGGUGGCCUGUUCUGGAAGACCUCUACAGCUCCAACAUCCCAGUGUACCGUUUCAUUCAGAGACCGGGUGAUUUAGUGUGGAUCAAUGCCGGUACCGUGCAUUGGGUCCAAGCGGUGGGCUGGUGCAACAACAUCGCCUGGAAUGUGGGGCCGCUGAAUUCAUACCAGUAUCAACUAGCCCUGGAGCGAUUUGAGUGGAACGAGCUGAAGAAGGUUAAGUCAAUUGUUCCCAUGAUCCACGUUUCCUGGAAUGUGGCUCGCACCAUCAAAAUCACAGACCACGACACUUUCAAGAUGAUUAAACACUGCCUCAUGCAGUCCAUCAAGCACAUCCAGAUUCUGAGAGAACAGCUGCUGGCUUCAGGGAAGAGGAUCUCUUACCAGAGUCGUGUCAAGGACGAGCCUGCUUAUUACUGCAACGAUUGUGACGUGGAGAUGUUUGACGUGCUGUUCGUGACCAGUGAGAACAGCAGUAAGAAGAGCUACGUGGUGCACUGCGAGGACUGCGCUCGAGCUAAGAGCCCAUCGCUGGCAGGAGUGGUGGUGUUGGAACAAUAUCGAAUGGAGGACCUGAUGAAAACAUAUGACAGCUUCACACUGGCUCCCUCACCCUCUUCAAAAUGAGGACGUCUUCAUGAGGUCUUUCAGCCACAACCAAAACUAACGGCAGCACAAAUGUUGCCUUCAAGGCAAUCCGUUCCUGCAGUCAACGUUUACUCUGUUGUUUACAUCUGUCAACAAGGUAUGGAUAUCCUCAGCCAAUCCAAGUCCAGCUCACUGUCUUCCCCAUACCAGCUGCUGAUUGGACGUGUGCGUAUUGAAAUAAUAGAAUGACUAGACUGGUAAUUCUCAUGGAGAGCAUUUCAGAUGGAGGAAAAAGAAAAAGAAAAAGUGAGCACUGCUAACACUGAAAAUCAGGUUAUAAACUGUACGUGCGUUCAACGGACACUGCUGUGAUUCAAAAGCGUCAAGUAGCCAAUUUUCUGUAUCAAUUCAGGUACUUUUAUGCAAAUUGAGUUUUGUACACCAAUCUAGUUAUUCUAUGUGUCCAUGAAUUUGCUGUGAUUCUAUUGUACCAGCAGGGGGAACCGUAGCUGAUUGUCACUUUUGCUUCAUAUGAAUACGUACCCAUCGCUGAUGUUCAGGUCAACACGUGUUACUCAUGCCUGGAAACUCUCGGAGGUGCUAUUCCAAUCCUAUUUAUUCUCGCCACAUCAUUCAGAACGUUGUACCAGCCUAGACGUACACCACAUUGGCCUUGUCGACUGUAUUUGGAGGAGAUGUAAUUAGAGUGUAAAACUACGCAAAUGUGUUUUGUUUAGCAACUUUAGCGGUUUCUCUAAAAUACGGGUUUAUUAGAGGACUGACGCGGCUGCAUUCUUAGUUGGGAAUGGAAUACGGUCAUCGUGUGCUUUCUGUGACACACGCCGAAUCAAACGUGGUGUUGAUUUUUCUAUUUGGUGUCUUUGGAACGGGAGCAGAAUCCCAGUUUUAUACCUCUUUGUUGCGUUGCUUGCUUUUUAGAUGACAUGAAACUAAAUAACUGUACAUUGUGAAUGACGAAAAGUGAAAUGAGAAAGUGGAGUGCAUAGAUGGGAGUGCAGGGGGGGGGAAUCACCUUUUUUGUUUGUUUUUUAUGUUUGGAGGAAGGUCGCCCACCUGCAGAACUUACACGGUGCUACCUCGCUUGUCAUGAUUAAGAAAACACAAGGAAAUCAUGUAAAUCCCAUCAGUCCGUCCUAGAAUAUUAUGAUAAAAACACAUUUUACAGAGAAUAAUUAGAGUUUGACAUGCAGAAAACAAUGCAAAAUCAUUCUAAAAAUGCAUGUUUAAGUAAAUUGUACUUAUUCUUGGCCUAAAUGAAACAUUUUCAAGCGUAAUAAGAGCUAAAUGAUGUCAUUAAAUGAGCUAAAAACACAAAUACAAGGCAGAAGACGCAUUGUAAUUGUGAAUGUAGUAUUCUACAUUGGCCACUAGGUGUCAGUGUUCGGUGAGAAGUUGCAAGAGGCAGGGCUUCAAUAAACGGAUGUUCGAAACACUAUUGGAUUCAAGAAAGACGUCGUAGCCGCGUACAAAGGUAGUUUAGUCCGCUUUUGUCAACAAAAAUCUUCAGUAAAGAUAAAAGUGAUGUUAAAUCAAGGGUGUCCAAAGUUGGAAUUUUACAAGAGUGAGUUCGCAAUAUUAUGAGGGAAAAUAAUGGCAUUUUAGUAGCAUAAAGUUUAAAUAUUAAAGGAUUUUUUUUUUUUCAAGUUGUAAUAUUAAGAGAAACAAACUAAACUUGUCAUUUUUGGAAAAUUUGGUUUGGGAAAGAGUUCUGUUACAAAAUAAAGUCAAAAAUAUUCUGGGAAUAAAGUCUUAAUAUUACUAGAAGAAAAUUUACCAGACCAAAGUUGAAAUUGUUGGAAAAUACAUUAAAAAAAAAAAAAAACGCAGCAGAAAUGGAAAAAAGAAAAUAAAGUCAAAAUAUUCAAGAAAAAUAAGAAAAAAAAGUUGACAUUUUACAAGAACAAACUCAUAAUAUCAUGAGGAGAAAUCAUUUUAGUAGCGCAGGGUUUAAAAAUAAAGAAAAACACUUUUUUUAAGUCGUAAUAUUAUGAGGAACACAACAAAAUAAAAAGUUGUACUUCUUGAAAAAUUAGGUCGGGGAAAAAGUGAUAAUAUUACGAGAAUAAAGUGAAAAUAUUAUGGAAAUAAAGUCACACUAUUAAGAGAAAAAAAUGUAUGAAGGUCAUGUUAGUAAAACGUUCAACUAUUUGGAAAAUGUAAAAAAAAACAGCAAAAAUGGGGGAAAAAUGAGCAAAGAGUGAAGUUGAUAUUAAUAAUAUGCUUUUUCACCUGCAUGACGAAGCUGAGAUGCAGUGUGAAUAACUCCUUAGCAUAUGUACCGCACAUGUUUUCUACAUGUAAAAGUCUACGUUUUCUCUCUAAAAAUGUGUUUUGUGUUGAUAUUUCUGCAUGAAUUGCAGUCGCAUUCUUUGUUUCUUUCUCAAUGGAUUCCGUUUUAAUUACGUUUGCAACGGGCUCAUGGCGGAUUCAUUUCGGAAGUUUGUGAUUGUAUUCAGAAAAGACUUUUUUGAGGAACGCUGCCCCCCCCAUGCUAUUAGUCAUCUGUGCACACCAUUUGAUGUACAUAACGUAUCUGUUUUCCACUUGAAGCUCAUCUGUAAAUGCUCACAUUGUCCACUUCUGUCUCUUCAAAACAAAUCAAUCCUAUUUCUCUCUAGUUUGAAUUACUGCACUGGGACUUUCUUCCCACCUUUAUACCUCUUUUUGUUGUCAGGUUUGUGGUUUUUCUUUUUGGGGUGGGGGGGGGAUUUACAGAGAAAAUGAAAGAAUUGUACAUUGUGACUUUAUUUAUACUGUACAUGCGUUUCUUCUAUUUAUUGCAUAUCAAAUGGUACUUCACUUGACGUGAUGGGGCUACAAGGUAUUUUCACCACGUAGUAAAGGUGGUCUUGGUGGAUAUGGCGAAGCGCAAGGAGGGGCCGGUGUAAUUCCCACGGUGCUAGAACCCCCUCCUCGCCUUCGCGGCGCGUCACUGGCGGCGAACAAGCGACGACGCGAGCCAACCUGCUGGUGCUCAGAAACCUUUCGACACGGGAACUAAAAAUGCAUCUUUGUACUGUAAUUCAACUGACACAUACUACAUCGUUUUGGAACCUUUUUCAUUGUCUGAGCUUCAUAAUCCUGUGUGACGAUAUUAGCUGUAGUUGUAAAAUCUUUUGCAGAGACUUUUAACGGCCAAGGUUUUGUUUUUAUUUGUGUGUGUGUGUGCGUGUGUGUGUGUGUGUGUGUGUGUGUCUCGUUCUCCUCCUUGGUUACUAUUAAUUGGCGGAUGAGAUAAUGUUUCGGUUAGUUUUUCCUCUUCUAAGUUGUUUUGUUGAUGCUGCACUUAUUGUUUCGGAUAGAAGAUGUAGAAGAAAACCUGAGCCAGACCUGUCUUAAAGCCCUCUGUGAUAUCUCUGUGACAUAUUGUAUUGUUGUUCAAUAAAACGUUUUGAUAAAUGA